AUGUCUGCUGUUCCACAAUUCGUGAAACCAAAAGAGCUCGCACAAUGGCUCAAAGCCAAAGAACAAGUCGCCAUUAUUGAUGUGCGCGACGACGACUAUGCAGGUGGCGCUAUCAAGGGUCAUACGCAUGUACCAUCUGCCAAGUUCCCUGAUACUGUAGCAAGUGUGAUCUCAGAUAACCAGAAUAAGGACAAGAUCAUCUUUCACUGCUCCCUCUCUCAACAGCGUGGUCCAAAAGGUAGGCCUUCUCAAAUGAAUGGAAUGCAAGCUCACCCUCCAGCUGCUAGAAUGUAUCAGGAAGCUCAAAAUUUGACAGGCCAGUAUGGCAAAGGCCCCCAAAUAUACAUUCUUGAAGGCGGUUUUGUUCAAUGGCAACGAGAAUUUGGCAAGGAUGCCGAAGUCACAGCACAGUAUGAUGAAGCGUAUUGGCAGGAAGACCAUUUCUGA